AUGGCUCAAUUGAGCUUUAUCUAUGUAUUCUGUCAUCAGAAGACAAAACAUGAACAAUGGGCAAAACGAUAUGGAAAAGUAAAAGGAGUCUUCACUCAAAUAGAACAUAUAUGCGAUGCACUUAGGGAAGAUGUUCGUCAAACUGACAAUACGUUAACACCGAUCAGUAUAGUCAAUACCACAUCUACGAAUCUCGAUGAACUCGAUCCACCAUUUAUGUAUUCGCAAUUACUAAAAGAAACUCUUCUGGACAUUGAAUACGAUACGAUUUUGUGGCCAAAGUCAGAAGUUGAUGAAAGAAAAACAAGAUUUGAACAAACAACUGAGAGCAAAGAAGUUAUUAUUAAUGAGGACGAUUAUGAAAAUGAUAACGAAAAUAGUGGUAUUAACGACAAUGAUAAUUACACAACAAAGACAGCACCUCAUUGUUCGAAAUUAACUCAACAGACGACACAUCCUUAUAUUGGCUUCCCAUCGGAAAGUAACCGUUUACCGUUAACAACAUUUCAAGAAAACGAUUUUUUGACGAGUGAUAUGCAAAGACAAGGUAUCAGUUUGUUCUUUUCCUAA